AUGGAAAAGAAAACAAUUCUAGAAGAAGUUCUUUUAAAGAAGUCACAACAGAAGAAAAAAAUAUCGCCAAUUAAUUACAAGAAAAGAUUGUUUGUUCUGAUGAAAACAAACCUUUCUUAUUAUGAAUAUGACAAAGGGAAAAAAGGGAAAAAAAAGGGGUCAAUUGAGAUUGAGAAAAUCCGGUGUGUUGAGACAGUGAAUCUUGAGGAAGCAACACCUCCUGCGAGACAAUAUCCAUUUCAGAUUGUCUACAAGGGUGGACUUCUCUAUGUCUAUGCCAGUAAUGAAGAGAGCCGGGAGCAGUGGCUUGCAGCUUUGUAUAAAGAAAUUAAAGAAAAUUCUGAUUUGCUAAACAAGUACCAUGAAGGAUUCUUCACCAAUGGGAAGUUUCUCUGUUGCAACCAGACCUGUAAAGCAGCCCCUGGAUGUACAAUUUGGGAUAAAUAUGUGACUCUGUGUUGUACAACUGGGUCUGUGAAACCACUGCCUCUGGUUCCUCAGACACUGAGGAAGCAUAGAAGCUUGCCUCAGGUGCUGUCACCAGACAAGUCAGCCUGGAAUAUGGCUGUGGCCCAAUGCAACUAUGAACCUGAAGGAAAUUCAACUAUCCGGCUUGUCAGAAGCCAUAAAUACUAUGUAGUGCAAGAGGGAGACUCUGACUGUUGGAAAGUACAGGAUUUGGAAGGUGAAAACUCCAGUGUCACUGAACAGGCUUUGGCAGAAGAGCAGAGUAUUGCUAAGUAUGAUUGGUAUGCUAGUAAUACCUCCCGUGCCCAGUGUGAGCAGCUCCUUCGUCAGAAGGGGAAAGAAGGUGCUUUUAUGGUUCGUAAAUCUAGUCAAGCAGGGAAGUACACUGUGUCUGUGUUCAGCAAGGUUUCUGAAAGCAAAAAAGGAACAGUCAAACAUUACCAUGUGCACAAAACAUCUGAGAGCAAGUAUUACCUUGCUGAAAAUUACUGUUUCGAAUCAAUUCCCAAGCUUGUACACUACUAUCAGCACAACUCAGCUGGUAUGGUGACAAGGCUCCGACAUGCAGUUUCUACACAAGUAAAUAAAGUACCAUCCACAGCUUCAUUAGGAUAUGGAGUCUGGGAGAUGAAACGAGAAGAAAUUGUCCUGUUGAGAGAGCUGGGUAGUGGUCAGUUUGGAAUGGUGCAUCUGGGAAAGUGGAAGGGAAAAUAUGAUGUGGCCAUAAAGAUGAUCAAAGAGGGAGCAAUGUCAGAAGAUGAAUUAAUAGAAGAAGCUCAGACCAUGAUGAGACUUAAUCAUCCCAAACUUGUUAGACUGUAUGGUAUAUGCUCAAAAUCAUGUCCCAUCUAUCUAGUGACGGAAUACAUGCCUAAUGGUUGUUUGCUUAACUACUUAAGGAGUCAUGGGAAGGAACUACAACCCCUUCAGCUUCUGGAAAUAUGUUAUGAUGUUUGUGAUGCUAUGGCAUUCCUGGAGAGCUGUCAGUUCAUACACAGAGAUUUGGCUGCUAGGAACUGCUUGGUUGACAGCAAUCUUACUGUGAAAGUAUCUGACUUUGGGAUGACAAGGUAUGUUCUGGAUGACUUGUAUGUAAGUUCAUUAGGUACCAAGUUUCCAGUGAAGUGGUCAGCACCGGAAGUUUUUCAUUACACCAAAUUUAGCAGCAAGUCAGAUGUAUGGGCCUUUGGUAUCUUAAUGUGGGAGGUGUUCACAUUGGGAAAGCAGCCCUAUGAGCUUUAUGACAACAUGCAGGUGAUUGAGAAGGUUUCUCAAGGAUACAGACUUUAUAGACCGCAAAUGGUUUCAGACAUCAUCUACCAGAUAAUGUACAACUGCUGGCAUGAGCUACCGGAAAAGCGUCCUGCCUUUCAACAGCUCUUAUCAUUUUUUGAGGCACUGAGAGAAGACAAAAGAGUUUGA